AUGAGAAGAAAACUGAGUGAUACGAAUCUGCAGUUGAACCCCAGAAUCAACGAUGAGCUAAAUAAUUCAAUAGCAUAUAACAAGCUGAAAGGUUUGACGUCUCCUAAUAAGCAGUCUAAUAAUAGAAUAUCGUCGACGUCUAUAUUCAGCAUAAGAAAGCAGAAAGACAAGUCAGCCAAUAGUGUAAACAGCAGCAAUGAUAACACUAGCGACUUGUCAUCCAACGAUUCCGCAAGUAUACUAAGUAACCCAUAUAUUAAUUCAAGUUCUGGGAGUAUUUAUAAGAGAAAAGAGGGUGUUACAUCUGGAACAAAUAUAGUUCCCAAUUCUCAAAUAACAAAUUCCAAUCAUAAUCGUCAAGCAUCAACAUACAGUAUUUCGACACUUUCCAAUCCUUAUGAUAAGAAGACGGCGAGGAACAGUGGUCUCUCACGGAAGUCAACGACAUCGUCAAUAAUCUCUAAACCAUCAUUUUCAACGAUACCUACUAAUGAUUCAUUAUCAUCUGGAAUCGGAGGAUUUAAUUUGGAACGGCCAUCUCUGGUGUAUGAGAUCGAUAGACUAUUUCGAGAGUUAAUGGAUAAAAGAGAUUUUCGCUCUCUUCCCGUCAAAGCUAAACAAGAAAUGAUUAAUUAUAGCCCUGAUAAAAAAUGGAUGCUUAUCUAUCAGGAUGCCUUAACUGAAUACAAGAGACAGGAAAGGGUUGUUCGUAACAAAGAAGAAAAUGCAACUCCUGAGUUUUAUACAAAGCAGUUACUUGCCAAAACCAUUUCAGCAGAGCAAUUGAAAAAUCUUUGGGUUUCUUUAAGAACCGAACCUAUUGAAUGGGUUAGAAAUUUCAUAUAUGAUUGCCAGGGAGAUGCUAUUCUUUCCGCCUAUCUCAUGAAAAUUCAAGAACAGAUAAGUAGCGUUGAUGUUUAUGACAUCGACCAUAAUCUUUUUGAUAAAGAGUUCAAUACUUUAAAAGCUUUAAAAUGUAUGAUGAAUCAAAAGUUAGGGGCCGAGCGUGUCAGAACAGAUGUUAAUUUGUACGUGAUGGCGGUAUCUGGCUCUCUUUUGUCUCCUAGGAUAGUGACAAGAAAGAUUGCAGCAGAAGCAUUGACAUUCAUGAUUGCUUACUAUAGUCAUAAUAACGAUGGUGAAGAUCACGGAAAAUUCCACAAAAUAUUAAAAGCCUUAGACUCUAUAUCUUCUAAACCACAUUUUGAAUUCGAAUCAGGACAAGGGCCAGGGACAUCUUCGAAGAGAAAACUUGUAAGAAAGCCGCCUACGCCUGAUAAGUACAAGCGAUUUGAAUUAUGGCUCAAAUUAGUGGAAAGAACAAUCGAUGGAAAGGGCAAGUACAUGAACUCUUUGGUUGGUGCUAGCGAUGAACUAAAAUCAGCUCAUGCAGGGACAACUCAGCAGGGAAAUUUGGAGAAUCAUUUGUUGGAGUACUGCUUAGGAACAAUGCUUUUGAUAAACACGAUUGUUGAAUAUGGUAUUGACUUUAGGGUAAGAAUGCAUCUUAGGGCACAGUUUAGGGCUGCAGGAUUGAAUAGAUUAAUAGUUAAAUUUCAAGAACUCGGAUAUGAUAGAUUGAAUCAACAAUGUUCUAAAUAUCUCGACGUUGCUGAAAAUGACGAAAUAGAAUUGAAGCAAAGUGAACAGAUAGAUGAGAACAUUGAUUUCAAUGAUCCUGUUGAAUUAAUCAAAUCAUUAUGGGACUCUGUGAGAGAUAGUGAAGCUCAAGGGUUCUUUUUAAGUGCUAUACAACACCUUUAUUUAAAUCAAAGUGAAAAAAGAGGAAGCAACGAAGAAUUACUCAGAAGUUUAAGAUUGCUUGAUGGUCUUAUACAAAAUGUGACGAUGGCUCAUACGGCAGACGAGGAUUCAGCUGUAGGUGUUGCUAUCAAUAGGCUAUUUGCCGGUCUAAGUACUGACGAUAUGUACAGAAAAGCUUUAGAAGAUGUGAAGAAUUUCAAGAGGAUUGCUGAAGAGGCAACUGCCGAAAGGGAUGAUAUGUCCCGUCAGCUUUCUAUGGGGGCUGAAGGUCUAAUCGCUAGUUUGUCCAAUGAAGUGAAAGAACAAGAAACUAUUUUAUUACGGACCAGAAGGCUAAACGAGGAGUAUUCUCAAGAGCUUGAAGAUUUGAAACGAAAGCAUUUGAAAGAGAAGCAAGAACAAGAAUUGGAAAUGAGAGAGCUUUUGAUAAUGUUGAAUAAUGCCCAAUUCGAGGCGAAGAAAAAAGACAACAAAACGACACUUUCUGUACAAACUUCAAAUGAGAAGUUGAUACAAAAAUUGCAAAAGCAGAUACAUAGGAAAAAUGCAGAAUUCAAAUUAGAUAAUCGCCAAUUCGGAACAUCAGUGGAACCAAGUUCCAGACUCAGAGCAUUACGAGAUCAAAUGGGUGAUAUUGAGAAUAUGGCCAGGGAAUUGGAAAUGACUGAUUUUGAAACAUAUGUGAGUCCUGAAAUUAAUAAAAUUCAGUCCAAUGAAGUUCCAUCUGAGCCUGAAGUUGAUACCAGCUCCGAAACUUCUUCAGAUGUGGAGCCUCAAUCCAUUUCAACUCCCCCUCUUCCCCCCCCUGUACCAAAGGGUCCCCCAAGACCAUGCCGUGAGGAUGAUUUGGACAAACUAGACACAUUAAGAAAAAAGCUAUCAUCUUUGCAAAGCGAAUCGAAUGAUAUUUUGAAAUUCAAUAGUAGUUCUUUGUUCAAUAAACAAAAGUUACUCGCAAUGGAAAGACUAAGAGAAUUGCAGAAUAAUUUCAAGGAUUUCAAUAUCGAUUUCAAUUCUGAGGAUGGGGCAGACGGUUUCACUUUUAAUAAUGAACAAAUUGAUUCUAGUAUCAAGCUCAAAAUACGAGAAGAGUUAGACGAAGUCGAGAGGCUCAGGCAGGAAUUAGAGAAGAAAUUGUAUGCUUCGGAGAUAAAAUCAGUCAAGUCUAAUAAAGGCGACGCUUUGGAAAGGCUCGAAGCUAAAUAUGCUCAAGGUAAAAGUGGAGCCGAUAUUACGUCGCGAUCCAGAGCAUAUAAGAGUAACCGAAGGACAACAACGGAUGGCAUGAAUCCUAAAUUUUUACAAGAAUUGGCAUCCAAAAUUAAGAAGGAAUCGCCAAUUGCGUCUGACGGAGAUAACUUUGAAGAUGCGAGAGAGAGCUUGAGUCAAAAUACUGAAGAUGGCUCUAAGGAACUUACGCCCAGUCAAGAUACCGUACCAACUCCUCCUCCCGUUCCACCAUCCAAGUCAUCCUCUUCUCUUGACAGUAAGCAAUCUGUCGCUCCUCCGCCUCCGCCACCUCCACCACCUUUGCCUUCCCUACUUGGGGGUGACAAGGAAAAAAGUGCAUCAGCACCAGCUCCCCCUCCACCUCCUCCGCCUCCUCCAUUUCCUGGAUCAUCAGGUACCAUUCCACCACCACCACCGCCGCCUCCUCCUCCUCCUCCUUUUCCAACAUCGAAGUCAGUUCGUGAGCCUUCUCCAGUUCCACCAUCUCCUCAUCUUACAGAGGUUCUAGAUGAUCGCCCAAGGCCAAAGAAGAAGUUGAAGCAAUUACACUGGGAAAAAAUUGAAGAUAACAAUGUGCAUUCUUUCUGGAAAGAUUCAGAGACAUCUGAACUAGCUAGGGAUUUAUCCGAGAGGGGUGUCUUCGAUGAGGUUGAACUUAUCUUUGCUGCCAAGGAGAUCAAGAAAUUGGCAACUAAGAAAAAAGAAGAUAUUGAUAAGAUAACGUUUCUACCUCGGGAUAUUUCUCAACAAUUUGGAAUUAAUUUGCAUUCCUUCAAUAGCUUAUCUGAUGAAGAUCUCAUUGCGAAGAUUUUGAGAUGUGAUAAGGACGUGUUAGCAAACCAAGCUGUCUUAGAGUUCUUCAGUAAAGAGGAAAUUGUAGAAGUUCCUAAUACUUUGGCGAGAAAUUUGGAACCAUAUUCUACAGACUAUACUGCGGAUGAGAUUUCAAAACCAGAUAAAGAUCCUAAUGAAUUGCAGAGACCCGACAGAAUUUAUGUCGAACUUAUUUACAACUUACAGCAUUAUUGGAAGUCCAGAAUUAGAGCUUUACGAGUCAUUACGAAUUAUGAGAAGGAUUAUGAAGAAUUAGUACUAAAAUUGAGAUCAAUUGAUGACGCGGUAGAAAAAAUCAAAAAAUCUGAACACUUGAAAGCCGUCUUCCAAAUCAUUUUAACUGUAGGAAACUACAUGAAUGACAGAACCAAACAAGCACAAGGAUUCAAGUUGAGCUCCUUGCAAAGAUUAAGUUUUAUGAAAGACGACAAAAACAGUAUGACAUUUUUGCAUUAUGUUGAAAAAAUUAUAAGAAACCAAUAUCCCAAAUUGUUAUCAUUUAUCGAUGAUUUGGCCAAAUGUGUGGAGAUAUCGAAGUAUUCUAUUGAAGUAAUUUCAAAUGAUUGUAAAGAUUAUGCACAAUCAUUGAAGAAUGUCCAAAGCUCGAUAGAUGUGGGAAAUUUGAGUGAUAUAUCUAAAUUUCAUUCUCAGGAUAGAGUCUUGAAAGUUGUAUUACCCACAUUGCCCAAAGCGAAAAGAAAAGGUGAACUACUUUUAGAUCAAUCAAACUUCACAUUCAAAGAGUUCGACAAUUUAAUGAUAUAUUUUGGUGAAGAUCCAACGGAUUCAUUUGUAAGAAAUUCGUUUAUUAGUAAGUUUGCUGAUUUUGUGAGGGACUUCAAACGAGUGCAAAAGGAAAAUAUCAAAAGGGAAGAAGAGGUAAGAAUCUACGAACAAAGAAGGAAGCUUUUGGAAACGCCCAAAAAAGCUAAUCUUAAUGGGGAAGCCGAAGAGAGUGAGGAUGAAACAAAUGUCAUGGAUUCCUUGUUGGAAAAGCUAAAAGCUGCUGGUCCUCCUAAAGGUGAAGCUUCUUCAGCGAGAAAGAGAGCCUUAAUGAAAAGACAUAUGCUUGACUCUCAGAAGAACAAUCUAAAUCAACCUUCUCCUCAUAUGUCUGAUGAGGACCCAAUUAGUUCGCCGCUUGAAGAAGGUUUUUCAGCGUAUCUGAAGGUCGAAACGGCUUUGACUGAUGCCUCAGAUCUUGACGUAGAUAUCGACGAAAAGGAUGUUGGAUCAAGAGCAAGGAGUCUUUUACAAGAAUUAAGAAAUGUGAAUAAUGACAACGGGGGUCCAAGUCUAGAAAAGCCUUCGGCUCAAAUGUUCAGACAGCAAAGAUUGAGAAGCAAGUUAAGUAAUACUGCGUUGGCCGAUGAUACUAUUGCAGAGGAAUCGCAGAAUGGUACAACUUUAGACGAGACACGCAAUUCUUGA